CGGCGAGGCGGCUCGGGCUCGCGGCGCCCAUGCACGGCUCGUCGGUGCGCCGGCGGCAGGCGGCCGCGGGGUGCUCGCCCGCGGGCAGCAGGCACCACGGGGCACCUCCAGCUGGCGACGCGUGCAGGAUUCCCCGCUUCCAUUUCGACCUUUGGUUUUACUUCACUCUGCAGAACUGGGUCCUUGACUUCGGCCGCCCCAUCGCCAUGAUUGUGCUUCCACUGGAAUGGUUUCCCCUGAAUAAACCGAGUGCUGGAGAUUAUUUUCACAUGGCUUACAAUGUCAUCACGCCAUUUAUUCUUCUGAAGCUCAUUGAGCGGUCGCCGAAGACCCUCCCCCGGUCCAUGGUGUACCUCUGCAUCAUCACCUUCGUCAUGGGCGCCAGUAUCCACCUGGUGGGCGACUCGGUGAACCACCGGCUGAUCUUCAGCGGCUACCAGCUGCACCUGUCCGUCCGCGAGAACCCCAUCAUCCGCAACCUCAAGCCGGAGACUCUGAUCGAUUCCUUUGAGUUGCUGUACUACUAUGACGAAUACCUGGGCCAUUCCAUGUGGUAUAUCCCCUUCUUUCUUGUCCUGUGCAUCUACUUUUCUGGCUGCUUCAUACCUCGCAAAGAGGAGCAACAGCGAAUUCCUGUGGCUGCACUACUCCUGAUCGGGCCCAGCAGCCUCUACUACUGGUACCUCGUCACGGAGGGGCAGAUUUUCAUCCUCUUCAUCUUCACGUUCUUCGCCCUGAUGGCACUGGUGAUGCACCAGAAGCGCAAAGGGCUGCUCAUGGACAGCAAUGGCCGCUUCCUCUUCUACUCCUUUGUCAUCACGCUGGUGUUGAUCACCCUGUGGGUGGGCUGGCUCUGGAACGACAAGAUCCUCAGGAAGAAAUACCCAGGCAUCAUCUACAUCCCGGAGCCGUGGGCCUUUUACACCUUGCACAUGAGCAGCCUGCAGCCCGCCAAGGGGGGGAGCGCUUAGAGACGGCUUGCGGGGCACGGGCGGGGAUGCAAACACAGAGGUCCACUGCGGAGGAGAGGCGAGCCCCUCCCUUUCUCCGUCCUUCCUUCCUUCCUUCCUUCCUUCCUUCCUUCCUUCCUUCCUUCCU